AAGUUUUGGAGGGAAGAUGGAUCGGCCCAAUGGGGUGGGCUUUUUAUGGAAUAGGAAUUGUGUUGCAUGAAUGGGAGGGGCCCAAGUGGCAGGACGAACAUGACUCUGUCUGCCUUCACUUUCUCUCUCAGCUUCAUUACAAGCAACCAACCUGUCUCUUGUUCCAUUCACAUCUAAAAUCAUGAUGAGGAUCAGCUACCGGGAGUGCCUCAAGAACCACGCCGCCACCAUCGGCGGCAACGUCACCGACGGCUGCGGCGAGUUCAUGCCCGCCGGCCAAGACGGCACCCUCCAAGCCCUCACCUGCGCCGCCUGCACCUGCCACCGCAACUUCCACCGCGCCGCCUCCAUCGUCAGAAUGCCCGACCUCGCCUUCCAUCUCAACGCCGUCGCGCCGCCCCCGCCGCAGAAGCGCUUCCGGACCAAGUUCACGGCGGCGCAGAAGGAGAAGAUGGUGGACUUCGCGGACAAGGUGGGCUGGAGGAUUCCCAGAGAAGACGACGCCGAGUUGCAGAGAUUUUGCAGUGAGGCUGGGGUUAAGAGGCAGGUUUUCAAGGUCUGGAUGCAUAAUAACAAGUCUAUUUCUUCCCAUAAAACCUCAACUCAUCAAACGCAUGUAAAUUAAUUCAUCAAUUUCCAGAUUUGGGAUUUAUUAUAUCAGUAUCUCGUU